GGCUGGUGGAUUCCUUUAUUUUAUGUUUUUUUGAACAAAGUAACAAAUGUUUUUAUUCCUGCAGGUGUGCACGGUAUAAUACUGGUAUAAAUAAAGCAUUAAAGACAGAACAAUAAUUUAGUGUUAACUUUUCUUUUAAGAAAGUUCAUCAAGCUGGAGCUGUUGUUCAGAUUUACUAUCAAAACAAGUCAUGCUUUUUGAUUUAAAAAGAUGAUGGUGGAAACCAUAUGUUGUGGUCUGUGGAAAUACUAUACAUGUUGAGCAGUAAGAAGCUCUGAGAUUUCUAAAUCAUUAUGUUUUUCUUAUUCUGCUCUACAAAUGUAACCCUUCCCUGUGUGUCCGUAAUGCAAACAAGAAAACCAGAUUUUAAAAUGUUGGUUCCAAGAGAAAGACCUGAACUGUGAAAAAAUGUGGGUGGUUUCCAGGACCUUGUGCCAGGUGAGAUAUUACAAAAAUCGUCAUCUACAAAGCUUACUAUACCUGAAUGAAUAGUAAGAUGUCUAGGCUAUUUGUGUGCAAGCCUUUGUUUUCUAAACUUUAACACAAUUGCAAAACUGUAAUGUGAUCAAAUGAAUUCAGUCCUUUUCUGUCUUACUUUGAAUACCGAUUGGUAACAAUAUUGUUUGAUAAACAAUAUUGGUCAGAACCACUGACUGUCAUUGUUUUGCAAAAUACACUUCAUGCAAUUGUACCAACAUGAGCGUGGUGUGAUUUUAUUUUAGCGUAGCAACAAAAUUAGGACAAUAAGAAACUUUCUGAUCACAUCAUCUGCAAACUCUCCGUUUUCACUUAGUUUAAAAUUUCUCUUUUUCAUUUUAGUAGAGACGAUAAAACAGCUGAAGCACCAACAAACAUCCGGAUGAAGCAGCUCUAACUUGCUCGCAUACUCGGAGCAUCGACAUUUGGUUGCCCCCUAGUGGGAAGAAACCAAACAAAAUAUACUUAGUUUCGCUUUUCCUCCUCUUCCCGUGAAGAGUGUCGAUCUUCGAAAGUUGAGAAAAGAGACAUCAGCGUGAAACACAUGCAAGAUGGCAGAAGCGGGCAGGAUUGUCAGGGUGAGCGGGCUGCCCACGGACCUAGAAGAUGACAGGCUGAAAGACAAGUUACUCAUUCACUUUCUCAGAGCCAGGAAUGGAGGAGGGGAAAUAGACCAUGUCACGAUUGUGAAACCAACGCCUUUAUCUGCUCUCAUUACCUUUGAGGACAGUGCAGUGGCACAGAGAAUUGCUCAACAAUCUCGGCACAUUCUGGAAAUAGAUGGAAAGAAGUAUGAACUCAAUGCUUCAGAGAGCCCAGAAAGCUUGGACCCAGACCAGGUUGUCUUAAGCUUAACAGCAACGGUUGACUACAGCAGACUUCCCGGGGGAAUCAAGGCACUAAAAAACCUUCAUAAAAGUCAUCAGGAUGUCCAGAUAAAAUCCACUGCUACUGAGAUGUGUUGCACACUGUUUGGCUCAUACUGUAAAGUGCAGGCUGCUUUGGCCGAACUACUUGGUCCCAGAUUCUCAGAGAGCAAAGAAUCAGGUCCAAAUGCCUCCAGCAGGACUUGGUCAUUUCAGACAUCACAGAAGUCUCAAGUGUCAGAAGAUCAGAGCAGAGAAUCAACCAGGCAAGAGGAACACAGAGAAGUCGAAGAUGACGCUGAUGUUUCAAUAAAGGGGGAAAACUUCACUUCAAGCAGAAAUCGUGCUCUUGGUGGUGAUGACUGGGAAACUGCCAAUCACACAGAUAGCGCAGCUCAGCACUCUCCAACUGCUUUUAUAGAGGAGUCCUCUUUGAUUGUGGAUGCAGACAUGUUCCAGUAUCUGGAGAAGCACUGCAAGAAGGAAUACCAGCAAAUCCUCAGUCAGUUUGGUGUCGAGGUGGUGAAUGAAACAAAUCAAGGCCUGACAACUCUGUUUUUGCAGAUUGCUGGUACAACAGCGUUGGAAGAGGGACAAGAGAGCAUGAAACUAGCUAAACAGGCAAUAAGUCGACUUUACCAGGAAAAUGAGGCAAAGAUCUGUCGAGACCAGCUCCCUAAAACUAUAGUUCGCCCCAGAGGAGGACUGCAAAGGGCACUGGGAAACGUAAGUGCAAGAUAUCCAAAACUUCUUCUGAAUGAAGAUGAGCAGAAUAUUUACUUUAUUGGUAGCAACAAGGAUGUAGCAGAUGCCAGAUACUCUCUUCUAAUGGGCCAGGAGGAAGUUAGAAAUAAAAAGGAAGGUGUUGCCAGUCUUCUUAAUUUUCCUUCAUAUAAUUCUGGCUCAUCACCUUUUCAUGCUGAUGAGGAGCGAUUACCCCAGACUACGCCUCCUACUGAAGGACAGUUGAAUGAAAGGAUAGAUCGGCUUCAGAUAUCUGAGGAAGAUGAACAAAGAAUUGAUGGAGCAAGAAGGUAUAAGCUGGCUGCUCGGUUUAAAGACUCAGGACUUUCCGGUUUAGGCAGCUUUUCCUUCCGUCCAAAUUCAUCACCCAGCAGGCAAGCGCACCAGGAACCGAUUCUGGGGCACGAUGUGCUGUCCGGAACAACACAGACUUCUGGUGAAAGAGUUUCUAGAGCAGCAGCCCAAAAUACUGGAGGGAACAUAUUGUUCAAGACCGCGCACACAUCUUCUCCCUCUUUAUUCUCACCAAUUAAAACCUCUUUAACUACAGAUAUGAUAGAUACCCGACCAAAAGAUUUAGCAGCUCCGUUUGCUUCAAUUCCUUACAGCCUUCCAAAAAGCAGUGCACUUCUACCUUCAGGGUCUGGAUCCACUUUAAAGCGAGCCAGUAGUUUCUCAGGAACACCUCAACAGAAAGCUCAAAUCUUGGGCCAGAAGAGCCAAGACGAUUCCAGCAAACCUUCAGUCGGAGUCCGCGAGCGGUCUUCCAGCUUUAGUAGCCAGACAGUGAGGAAUAAACAGGAAGUCCAUCAUGAAGAGAUCUCAGUUUCCCAGGUUAUAUGGCAAUACAUAAAGGAGGCCUACGGCACCCGGGUGGAGGACCUCACGUCUGAUCUCCAGAUGAAAGAGAGCUCCUCUGAUGGCAAUCAGAAUUUGACUGUUAUCUUAAGAGGGGCUGAUUCGUCCAAAGUGACAUUAUGUCGGGAACGUCUACAGAAGCUUGUUGACUUAGUCAGUGGUGACUUCUCAGUUCAGGAGCUGUGCAUGUCGGAGUUGGGGGUUUCUAGUACCAAAGAUGAAACCUUACAGGCUUGUUGCUCUGAAGUGCGGAGCCGCUUCAAGAAGGUUGUUAUCCACACGAUGAAGAAAAACUUGUAUCUCGUUGGUCCAUUAGAGCUGUGCUCCCAGGUUGCUGCUACGCUGAGGGAGGUAUUUUCUAAAGAACCUGAACAGCACGACUUCUCCGACCAAUUUUUACUAUUGAAUGCAACCCAAAGCAGAAAACGAGCCCCGGACAGUACAUAUCAAUUGCUAGUAUCCCCCCAAGCUGGCAUAGUUGAAAAGAACAGCGAGAGUCAGCAAUGGAAAACAACCUAUGGUAGAGACUUUGGUGAGAAAGGGCUUGUAAAUGGAUCAAAUAGCCAAUCAUCACAGAAGAAAGAGAAAGUCUUCAAGGAAAAACAGGAUGGGAACACAGUUGAAAAGAAUCCUAUGAAUGGUGAUAAAGAGAUAACAUUACAGGCUAACCAACCAGAUGCUACAGAGCAUACACCUGCAGAGACCCAGAGCACCUCAGAGAAGUCCAGGUCAGGUCUGAACGAGCAGACCUGUUUUUGUGGGAAGGACAAGACAACAUUGGUGAGGACCAAGUGUGGAGUCACAUUGUGCCCAGAGUGCCUGGAGAAGUUGCACUCUUACUGCAAAGUCUGCAAUCAGGCAGAGCAGACAUCCCAAGGCAUCUGCGGUGAAAUGAAGAAAUCCAAACUGAGCAUGAGUUUACCAGGUCAAUACAAGGACGGCGUUAUCAAGAUCACUUACCGCAUUCCUAAUGGUAUCCAAGGGGAGGGCCAUCCAUCACCUGGAAAACCAUUUAAGGGGGCGGUAUUCGAAGCCUACCUCCCAGACAAUGAAAAUGCGAAGAAGCUGCUUCCCCGGCUGGAAAAAGCCUUCAGGGGGGGCCUCACCUUCACAGUGGCAGACAAAGGGACAGAGGCCAAGGUCGUCUGGGACUGCAUCCCACACAAAACCAGCUUAUAUGGAGGCAAAUCUGAGAAAGGGUACCCAGAUCCCACCUACUUGACACGUUUGUCCACCAUCUUGACUUCUAAAGGGAUUGCGUAGCCAUCAGUAAGCUCCAAAUUGAAAAAUUACAGAGAAGAAACUUAUACGUGUACGUUUUUAAUAUAAUUUCAACUGUAUUAGUCAUUUGUCUUUUUGUAUUAUGUUGUAAAAUGUCAGUCAUUCCUUAUUUAUCUAUGAAUGUAAAUAACAGAAUUGAGAAUGGAAAUAAUAUGUAUGUAUUUUUAGAUUUUUUUUAAACUAAUUGGUUUUUCUUUUUUUAAGAACGUGCUUGAAUCUCUGAAUGUUUAAUGUCCCGACGUCACAGUUUGGAUCAUUUCGCACAGCAUUUCUGAACCUUUAUUUUUUUUUUACCAUUUCAACUAAUUCAGUUUUUAUAUGAGUGUAUUUCUAUGGUAUGAUGUGCACGUCACUGUAAAAAUAGGCACUUUGGAGCAUUCUGUGUGGGUUUAACCACAAUACAUCUAGCUAUUUGCAAAGUUCUGCAGGGUAUAAAUAUAAAUAAAAAGAGCACAUUUCCUGA